CGCCAGAGUUUCAACAUGGAGUCCGGUCUGAAGCUGAGUUUCUGGGAGCACGGACCGAAGCCCGGACAAUUCUACUCGUUCCCCGACGGAAGCAGCGGGCUGGUUCCAGCAUGUGGGCCGGUCAGACACACACUGAACCCGAUGGUGACCGGCACGUCGGUGCUCGGCGUGAAGUUCACCGGCGGCGUCAUGAUCGCGGCGGACAUGCUGGGCUCGUACGGUUCUCUGGCUCGAUUCAGGAACAUCUCCCGCCUCAUGAAGGUGAACAACCACACGAUCCUGGGAGCUUCCGGAGACUACGCCGACUACCAGUACCUCAAGCAGAUCAUCGAACAGAUGGUGAUCGACGAGGAGCUGCUUGGCGACGGUCACAGCUACAGCCCGAAGGCGGUUCACUCGUGGUUGACCAGAGUCAUGUACAACCGCCGCAGCAAAAUGAAUCCUCUGUGGAACACAGUGGUCAUUGGAGGGUUCUACAACGGAGAGAGUUUCUUAGGCUACGUGGACAAGCUGGGCGUGGCCUAUGAGGCUCCCACGGUGGCCACAGGCUUUGGAGCGUACCUGGCUCAGCCUUUGAUGAGGGAGGUGGUGGAGAAUAAAGUGGAGAUCACUAAGCAGGAGGCUCAGGAGCUGCUGGAGCGCUGCCUCAAAGUUCUUUACUACAGAGACGCUCGCUCCUACAACAAACAUGAGAUCGCCAUAGUAACGGAAGAGGGCGUGGAGAUUGUGGGUCCUCUGUCGUCUGAAACCAACUGGGACAUCGCUCACCUGGUCAGCGGGUUUGAAUGAAGACGAUGAUGAAGACCAGAUACUUCUCUGCUCUCUUCCCCAGUUGUUGUUCAGUGUCUCUUUUGUAUAAUGGAAAAUAAAUGUCAUAAAGCGAAA